GCAUUGAAGCCAAAGACAAAAAUAUAAGAUUACGCGUUUGUCAUUUAAUAGCAUACCUUAUUGGUUGUUUAGGAUCAAUCGACGAUGAUUUAUAUGAACGCUUGAAAGUUGAGCUGACUAAACGUUUACUCGAUAAAGAAGCUGGUGUACGCGUAAAAGCAGUCCUUGCGUGCUCUAAACUACAAGGUGAUGAUGAUCAUGGAAAAGAUGUGAUUGAAAAAUUCAUCGGAAUGUUGCGUAAUGACCCAAGCGCCGAAGUUCGACGUGCCGUUAUAUAUAAUAUUGAAUAUAAUGAGGAAACUCUAGCACAUAUAUUGCAACGUGCACGGGAUAUUGAUCCAAUGAACCGUCGAGGUGUUUAUAUGAAAUUAACAGAAGAAAUUAACGACUUUCGUGUUUUAUCUAUUGAGGAUCGUGAAAAAUUAUUAAGCUGGGGUCUUACAGAUAGAGAUCCUCAAGUUAAAAAAGCGUGCGUGAGAAUGCUCUCAACGAGUUGGAUUGAACAUGCGAACAACAACUUGUUGGAGUUGCUUGAACGGUUAGAUGUUGUGGGAAGUAGUAUUGCUCAAGAGGUCCUUAUAUCAAUGUUCAAUGCGCGCCCAGAUAUAGUGCAAAUGUUAAAUUUCGAUGAUGUAUUUUGGGAAAAUCUAACAGCCGAAGGAAGUUUUCUCGUACGCGUCUUCUGUGAAUAUAACAAGGAGGACGAAGGAAAGCUUGAUGAGAUACUGCCAGAAGUGACACGACUUGCUUUUUUUAUUCAGAGAUACUAUAAUUUCAUGAAUCAAGCGUCAGACGAGGAGCAAGUAAACUUUGCGUUUAUUGUUGGUCAAUUAUUUUUGUUGGCCAAAUUAUUAGACUAUGGGGAUGAAGUUGGACGGAGAAAAAUGUGUGAGAUGCUUAUGUCAUCAAAUAUUUUAGAGAGCCAUAUUGAAAGCAUUGUGGAGAUAGAAAAAAAAAUUUCCAUUAAUGAGAGAGAUUUCACACGUUCCAUGAUUGAGAUAAUCACUGAUAUACGCGAAGGCAUAGAAGACGACGAGGGUCCUUCACGACUUACAUAUCAGGAUGAUUAUGACCUAUCAGCGAACAUGUCUCGUCUCAGUAUCAAUAUAUCUUCCAUGAAGAUGUCGGUUUUAUCUACUGAUCUCAAAAACACCGAAAGAAGGAGCUCCAUUUCUUCUACGUGUAUGAAUAAUAAUGACACCCUUCAAGAAGAUAAUGAAAUGAAAAUAAUAUUGGUGAAUUUGAAAUGCCUGCAUAUAAUACGUUGUAUGCUUGAAAAGAAUUCAGAGAGCCUACGGGAUAACCCAUCGAUGUAUGGUCUUAUGAACGAAAUUAUUAUACCUAACAUACAAAGUCAUGAACCAGUGCUGCGAGAAUUAGGCAUACAUUGUCUAGGUUUAUGUUGUAUACUUGAUCAGCCUCUGGCGGUAGAGAAUUAUAGUUUAUUCAUGCAUUGUCUACGACAUGGACAUCCAGAGUUACAAGUUAAAUCCUUGAUGGUAAUGUCAGACAUUCUCAUGGCAUAUGGUUAUUCAACAAUAGUUUCAAGCACUCGACAGGGUAAUGAAGUCCUGGUAUCAUUACAAGAAUGCUUAAAGAAUGAAAAUGAGGAAGUACAGGCUAUAUCAGUUGUAGGAAUAUCUAAAUUAAUGCUUUCUAAAAUGUUGCGUGACAAAAAUGUCCUAAAAGAACUUGUACUGUUAUACUUUGAUAGUAAAACUACGCCAAAUCUUCGUUUGAGGCAAUGUUUAAGCUAUUUUUUUCCAGCAUUUUGUCAUUCUUCGUUUGAAAAUCAAACGUUAAUGCAAGAGAUAUUCCUUCCAACCCUUAUCGAGUUAUUGAAAGAAUACAGAUAUCUUGACAAGAAUGAUAAUGCGGUGCCGCCUUUGCAGGUUGUGCAACAAUUAGUGGACUGGACUAAUCCGUUCAAAGUUGUUAAAUUAGAGCGAAGUGAAGAGACAAUUGAUUACGGGUCACAUGCAGAACUCGCAAUUUCUGUUGUAAGGGAACUGUUCUCCGAAACUGAUAAGGAUAUAAGGAAAUUGCUCUGUCAGACUCUUAAUAAGUUCCAGAUUGAUGAGUCUGCUGGUGUCGUGAGAUUCAAAAAACUUACUUUUCUUGUUGGAAAUUUGAAAUCAAAGCGUCCUUUGGCAGAUUCAGUAGCUAGAAAUGCAUUAAAUAAAUUCGAGAGUGCUCUACUCAAUUAUUUCGAUGAUGCACCUGAUGCCUUGGACGAUGAAGAGCUUGAACAACUAAAGGAUAUUUUUGAAUUUGUUGAUCAUCUUGAAG